AUGGCAGUCGAAGUUGGUGGUGUUGGAGUGCCAGGUUUCGAAGAACUCUCGUGCCUGUUUGGUGUUGGCACUGGCGACCCUCUCAAUCUCGUCCUACUUGAAGUGGCGGUCGGACUCAAGGAGGUGCGCAAACACGCGAUAUAGGGGGUCACGUCGACGGAUGGCUAACUUGCGCUCUGUUAUGCGGGUCCCAAGUCGUCGACCUGUAUGUCUGAAAUUAUUCAUGAACGGUCGACACACGGGAUGCGGCAACUGGUACUAAUUCGCCGGAUUCUUGGGUGUGGGAUAAUGCUGGGCGUAGGGAGGGCGCCGGCUUACGGGUGAUGGGAACGCUUAACUAGUUUACUUGUCGGGCAAUCGCUUCGGAAACUCUUGGCAUACAGGACAGGAAGCAGAAGCUACACCCUGAGGUAACUGAAUUUUUAUAGAAUUAUACUGAAGGCUGAUUAGUUUUACAACCCUACUUAAUUAAUCUUUUCAGCACAUGCCACGCACAUGCUGACCCUGCACACAUGACUGUGCUGAUGUUGAAACAUUUAUGUCAUAAAGGUGUGACAUUAGCGAAAGAACGGCAAAAGACAAGCUUACUGCAUUCACGCUGUGAAAUUUUCACCAGGCCCAAGGUUAAUGUACACAAACAGAUCUGCUGAAAUCAAGUUAGUAGUAUAUUUAUAGUCAUUUAUUUAAUUCAAUAGGCGGGUUGGGGAUGUCCGGGUUGCCCUGAACACACUCGCAAUAGGAGAAUUUCCAACGUACGUCAGUAAAGAAUUCCGUUGACUUUGUGUGAUGAAAAGGAGGAACGUUGAAUGGUGUGGCACAGUUCCUUUUUAAGUUGGCAGUCGUGUCGUCCGAAAUUAGUCUUUGAUGUCAUUUCAGAAAGAGUUUCCCAGUUGGUAUCCAGAUCAAGCUGCCGUGACGUCACAUUUGUCCUACACGUAGUGAAGCGAUUGACUCAAGACGGUCAGGCGUUGUUUGUGCGUAAAAUUUUUGAUUUAAUGAAAAGCCUUUGUAGCUCGUCCCUGUACAUCUUCCAGAAUGUCUAUAUCUUUUCGUAGCCACGGCCGCCAAGCCCAUAUUCCAGGUGCGGCUGCACAAAUGCCUCAUAAACCGUACAAAUCUGUAUUAAAGUUUACAAACGUUCUUCGCAUCGCCCUCAUAGAAGACAUUGCCAGUGUUCUGACUAUAGAACACUGCGUGGUGACGCUAUAGUCGUCUUCGAUGACUACACCAAGGUCGUUUUGCACAUCUGCGGUUCCAAGUGGUUGAUUGUUCGGGAGGUACUGUCGUGAGGUUACAUUUAUUCCUCGCCUUCAUGAUAUUAUGCGCAUUACCAUAUAUUUUUGAUGCUGAAUUUCAUGUACCGGUGCUCGCUUCAUGCGCACAGAUUCUCCUCUUCCUGUUGUAAUAUUUGGGCGUCUGUUUCAUCUUUUAUUAUCUUCCACAGUUUAAGAUCAUCUACAAACAGCGCUAUAUCCGACUUCACUUCGCGUACAAGAUAAUUUACAUAAUUAAUGGAUAGGAGCGGGACCAGGACUGACUCUUGUGGAAAUGCACUUUUAACAGAUUCCCAUUCUGAACAUAGGGUUUAUGUCGCAUAACUGUGUGAGACAGGUUUGCAAGAAUGCCAUUUGAUUUAUAAAGAUUACAAAUAUGCAAAACAGCUCAAAUAAUGUAUGGCUUUUAAGUUUCGGAUCUUCACUCAUGUCGGGCGGGGGAGGAUUCUGAAACGCAACACAGUACGUGGCAAUGUACAGUAGGUGCGCUAACUCAUGAAAUGUCAGCCGGAAUUUCGAAAGGCGUUUUAGCGUCGAAAAGAUUAAUUAAGAAGGGUUGUAAAACUAAUCACCGUACAGCAUAAUCUAAUAAUAAUCCAGUUAUCUCAGGGCGUAGGCUUUUGAGGGAACUUAUUUCCGACUGCAUGCAGGCAAACAAUCUGCAAAAAAUGAAUACUAAAGUAGCAUGCAAUUUUCUUAUAGAUUUUCGAUGCCCUUGAAAAUUCAGUUAUAUAUCAUGGAAGAUGUUAGCUAUGUUGGCGCAUUUGCUUUCCGUCUGUGCCUGACGACGACUCGGGGGACCGGCGUCGAAAAUUUGCACCCUAAACUUCCUUUCCCAAAGCACACAUUCGACUUCGACUUAUAUUUCUUGGGAUGCCUACCUUCCAACAUAUAUAUAUAUAUAUUCUUUUACUUAUUCUGUGGACAAUCACGUCUUUUUUCAAUUUUAUACUCGAAGGAAGAGUACAAUUCAGUUUUAAAAAAACUUUCUCAAUUCCCGGAUAAUUUUUAACCCCCUCUACCGUCUCACUUGGAUUCGGGGUUUGCAAAUUACAAACCGUAUAUUUUCCGCGUACGGAAAACCACACAUUUCUCUACGGUACUAAAGGGGGACCGUAUAGGUUUCAUAAAAUUAAGCAGUGGAUUUAAUGCAUAUUAUUAACUUUACAAGCCAUAUUAUGAACAGCCAUUUCAUGGUAUCUAAAAUUCACACAAUCAGAAACUUUUUUACAACUGAAGUAUGACCCUCCUUCAAGCAGAAAUCAGGAGAAGACGUAAUUAUCUACCGAAUGAGCGAAAGAAUGAAUAUUUUUAUGUAUGUUUUCCACUAAAUAUAAUUGAACGUUUACGGGCAUCGAAAAUCAAUGAGAAAAAUUUAUGAUAAUUAAGCAGUCAUUUUUUACAGAGUGUGGUUUUUGCAUGCAGCCGGAAGGAAGUUCAUUCGAAAGCCGGCAUCCUGAGGUAACUGAAAUAUUAUAGAAUUAUGUUGCAGGCUGAAAAGUUUUCCAAACCUACUUAAUUAAUCUUUUCGGAACGAAAAUGCAUUCCGGAAUUUCGGUUGACAUUUCAUGAGUUAGCCCACCUACUGUAGGGUAGUAAAAGCGUUCCACGGGUUGUAAGCAUUUGACUAUCUCAAUGCGGACUUCUUGUCAUUCUAAAUCUGCAUGCACGACUGAAGAGAGAGAGAGUGAGACGCCACUAUAAAACACACAACUACAUCGAAUUGCUAAAGGUUGAAUGGCAACAUGUGAUGUCUGAAUGUCUCACGACAAUAGGAGUAAAUAAAGCUUCUGUAACAGAUGUUGGGCCCCGGAGUGCAGGAGGCCAACAAAAUUAUAGGGAAAGUGUCCCCACAUCAGUGAUGCUGAUUGUGAGCCGUUUUAAUGUUCUGGCAGCUUUACCUCUGCUGCGGCAGUGACGACUGCAAAGUGAUGCACCAGCGAAGGCAGGCGAGUAGCAUGCGCUCACUGAGGGUGGGGUGCUUUGCGGGAUGAAGAUCGCAUGGCAGUCUUGAUUCCAAAUGAGUUCACGAGAGAGACUCCGUGUUCUCAAUUUCGACUGACAAAACAGACAUGUCCUUGUGUUGGCUGACUCUAGUCAUGCUUGUUCGUCCUCCUUUUGUGACACUCUUUUUGAAUUUCCCUGGUCCCCAUGAGUGUGACUGUGAUUUUGGGGUGUUUUUGGGCGUCUUCGUCAUCUGUCUGGAAGGAGGUCCUGCAUCAGGUGUCUAUCCAGGAGUACGCGAAGCGCGUGGGCAAAUAGGUUGAUUUUGAAGUAGAAGAAGACACGAUCGCUGGGACAGGGGUUUUAGUAGCCUGACGGUUCGGAUUCCUGCUCGAACCCAUCAUCAGAGACAACGCAGAUACGGGUGGUUCAUGCACAAGGAGUUGCAGUAUUUAAAGGAUGCAGUCGCCAUGCUGUCGCAUAUCNGGUGUGCUGACUGUUCGAUGGCCGACAUUUGCGUCGUUAAUUGCUGCAAUUUCAUCACGUGCGUUGGAUGUUGGUGUGAUGAUUGCUUUACCAUCUGACGCGCUGACCGUGGUGUUGGGAAAGGUGUUCACCUGUGCGCUUCCUGCGUGGCCAAUUAUUCCGCCUGGACGAAGUCUCAGCACCGAGUAUGGAAGGGGAGGGUCAUUGCAUUUGUUAAUAGACUGGAGGCCAGAAAACCAUGAUUCAAGCAGUUCUCGGCUCGCGCGGUUGUCACCUCUAGCGAGAAUUUCGGCCUCGUCACAUUUGAAUGUGCGGCCGGAUCUCGUCGAAUGAGCCGCAACUUGAGAGCUAGCGUCAUUUCUCCGCACCGCUGCAGCGUGUUCGACCAUUCGCGUUUGGAGUUGUCUUCCGGUUUCUCCGACGUUGUUGCUUUGUCUGCAACUGCACCAGAGCCGAUAAACGUCUCCAGACGUUUCCUGCCGUGGCAGUGGGUCUUUUAGUUUCAUUACCUGACGCUUGAUGGUUGCCUCCGGUCUGUGUGCAGCUCCAACGUCAAGUGGUGCGAGAAGGCGGCCGACUGCUUUCGAAACGUUCUUGACGUUCUCGAAGGACGCCAUGUGGCUGGCGGGCAAGGCGGACCAUCGGGGGAGGCGUUCGUCUCCGCUUGAAGAAGUUCAUGAAAUGCUAGGCACAGUGCUCCAAAAAUUAGCGCCUUCGCCAUCAGAGCCGAGUAGUGUCACAGUAAACUGCCCUGAUAGCCACGAGGAAGUUCCUCAUUUUGCUGCGGUCUGCAAAUCCCUAUUUUGCCCCCAACUCAGCCUCGACUGCAUUUGGGUUUUCGCAGGGAAUAAAUGCUGCUUUGUUCCAACAGUUCUGUUGUUGACAUACAUCUUGCGGGUCUUAUUUUCCACGGAAAACAGUCGUUAUUUUUCUCCAUCGAUUUUGUCAGUCUGGGUGACGUGGGCAUGAGAAGGAGUACAUCAGCUUCAUUCAUCAGUACUGAAAAGUUAUUUCCCUAUUCAAUUCUUCACCCGCCUCUUCUUCAAGUCUUGUACUUAUUCCACUGCGCACAUAUUAAACUCAGCUUCCCCAUGUGGGAGUGCUACGCCAUGCAAUGCGUUCUCGGGAGUACAUCUGAAGCAGGACUGCGCAACCGACAGGGUAAUAAGUCCGGGGCUCAGUGGUUAGGGAGUUGAACUUCUAGUUGGCAGGUCUCGGGGUCGAGCCCUAGGGGUUGCACAUCUCGCAGCUGGGUAUAGCCAACUGACGAGGACUAAUAAACCAGAAAUGGCCAUUCCAGUCUCGGAAAGGCUUAAACUGCGCCAUGUUAAUUCAUUCCUCACUAGAUUAUAGCAUGCCGGGGUUCAACGCUGACUCCGAUUGCUUCCGCAAUUUCCAUUCUACCAACUGUUUUGCUUUAGAAGUAGUCAGUGGAGGGUAUGAGAUUGACGUUCUUCAAAAAGGAAUUGAUGAUUUGCACGUGGGCCAAAAAACUCCUUCCAGAAUUAAUGCAGCAAAAACUCUGCUUUAUAACACGUAGACUGCUUCCAAUAUCGUGUAGUGGCCCGUCCUCGGGAGUUGCAUUUCAAAACACCCGAGAAAAGUAUAAUACUGCGACUUAAAAACUAUGUCUUUCUGGGAUUUUGUAUAUUCAGUUCAGUUUAUUUGAGGGAAAUAUAGGUGUUAAACCUUUGAACUCCCUGUUUGUUAAAAGAAGGCGAACAAUAAAAAAAAUUGAAAAUGGAAACAUCAAACGGUUACAGAGUUUCUUCAGAUUGGCAACGUGUUGUAAGCCAGACAGAUAAACGAAUUGUUCCAAGAGUUAAAAACAUUAACGUUACUAAAUGUGCUGUACAGUAGUCUGUCUAGGGAUAGUUGGUGCUAUCUCAGUUUCGGAGGGAGACGAAUUGAAUGCCAACACGCAUUCAACAGACAUGGGACAAUAUUAAAAAAACAAACGUUACUGAAAUACAGGAAGUAAUAUAAUAACAUUAAUAAACUGUUCGAACGAAAUGCUAGACAAUCUGUCAGGUGGCAUUAUGACGAUUGGUGGCAAUCUGGUCCAAGUUGCGCUUAAAAGUCUCCACGGAGGUGGACAUGACGACACCUGCAGGCAGAGCAUUCCAGGCCUCGAUCACUCUAUUUGAAAAGAAGAACUUCCGAGUGUCCAGCUUGGCGCCAGUUACGCGUAGUUUAAGUGGAUGACCUCGGAGGUUCAUAAACAUAAACAUUCCUCACACAGCUAUACAGACUAAACCCUUUAUAUUCUUCAUAUUGACUCAACUUUGAAAAUCUCGGCGCCUUGGUGGAAUUCGAACCCACGACAGUAAGAGGAAGGCUUCAGUACAGCCAAUUACCGGGCAUGCUUAUCCCGUUGUAUAUCUGGACCUAACAUGCAGUCGUAAGACGGCAUUUAGCCGUCAAAACCUCGGCAACUUACGCGGGAUACAAACCCACGACAUUAAAGGGGAGGCUUUAGUACAGCCAACGUUGUAACCGCUUGGGCUACGAGGCCUCGCCGUACGACGCGUGUUUAAUCACAUUUGGAUCAAGUUACCCACCCAACCUACUGCAACACCACCAAAUCUGAUAAAGUAAGUUGACUAUCCAAGCAGGACUUCCUAAAUAAUUCAACUAGAAUCCACCUGAUGAUUACCAGGCUCACAUAAUUCAUAGAUGUUUGGAUGCGAGAUAAGAUUCGUUUAUGUUCUACGCCCAGGAUACUUAACCGCGUGCUCUCGUUUAAGCAGCUUCUCAGGCGCAGCGUCCGUGUAUGAAAUUAACUGGGCAAACCAACCGAGGAAGCAUGUGCCAGAAAUAAAAAGGAGCAUUGGCCGUAGAAAUCCGUGAACCAGCGAACAAUUUGCCGUACACAGCCAGUGGCCGAUCUUAUGAAAUGCUGGCUGAAAUUGUGAAACACUUCAUGAGAAGCCGUAUUUUCUACCGAAUGAGCAAGCAAAUGAAUAUUUUUAUGCAUGUUUCCCAUGAAAUAUAAUUUGACUUUUAGGGACAUCGAAAAUCAAGGGGAAUAGUCAUGCUAUUUAAGUAGUCAUUUUUCACAGAAUGUAAUUUUUCCAUGCAGGCGGAAGGAAGUUCGUUUAAAAGUCCGCACCCUGGGGUAACUGAAAUAUUUUAGAACUAUGUUGCAGGCUGAUGAGUUUACAACCCUACUUAAUAAAUCUUUUCGAAUCAAAGACGCUUUUCGGAAUUUCGAUUGACAUUUCAUGAGUUAGCCUACCUACUGUACUUCAUGGUAUGCCUUAUUGGGCUGAUAGAUACAAUGCUAUUUGAAUGGGUAUUGCAUAGUCUUAUAAGUCACAUAAUUAAAAUCUUUUUUAAAAACUGAAAGAUGCCCAUUAUUUGAGUAUAAAAUUUGAGGAAGACGUGAUUUGCCACCAAAUGAUCACGAGAACAAAUAUUAUUGUGCGUGUUUUGGCAUCGAAAAUCGACAUGGAAAGUGCGUACUACCUGAGUAGUCAUCGUUUGCUGAUUGCACCCAGUACAGGCGAUCGGCAGGAAGUGCAUUUUUAAGCCAACCUCUUGGAGUGUCUGAAAUAUCACAGUCCUGGGUCGCGAGAUAAUACAUACAAAAAACUCACUUAAGUAACCCUUCCUAAUUGAAUACGCAUUUAACAAUUUCGGUUAGCAUUUCAUGGGCUCGGUCACUGACUGUAUACGUUUAGACACCUAAAGCACCGACUUCUCGUGUCCCCACUGUCCCUGCACAUUCACCCCACGCAUCGGUCUGGUCGGUCACCUGUGAAUCAACCUCACAGAGACUGGCGAACUAGUGCCUGAAGCACCCACCAUCACCCGCUGCAUCCUCCUCUAUUGUCCUCACUGCCCUUAAAUUUUCAUGCAAGGCAUGGGCCUGUUCGGCCACAUGCGCAUCCACGAAAACCUGCGAUAGACAACCGCCGGCUGCAUCUCACCACGACACUCUCCCUCGCCAGCAUCUCAUCACACAUCAACAUCAGCUACCGCAAGCAUACAACUGCCACCUGCUAUGCAAGUGGUAAGUGUGAGUCUCCACUCGGUCUCCAUGCACCUCCCAUUGCAUGAAUAACUCGAGCCUUCGAUUAUCCCAGUGUGUUAAGCGCCGUGGAUUUGAAGGCAACUGACUAACGCUCCAACUAGGUUUACGCAGUCCGUCUGGUUGUGUGUGUGUUGUGUAGAUUGGCACACCGGUGGGCGGGGAGCCGGGCCGAAAUAGCUCCUUCCACGGCACUCCCACGCAAGUGGUAGGCGCGCCGUUCAACUCCCCGUUGUGUGAAAUUCUAUCGCUUGUGUCUGUGGAACCAGAUCGUACAUGUAGCGUGCGCAGACAAGGUCACUCGACCAUGCCAGCCACUGCACCCAUUCCCCACAACAGUCAAAUGAACGGCUUGGACACUGACUGGGGCCUGGGAAUGGGAAUAGACAGUGCAGUCGACGACUGCGCGCAUUUGCCUCACUAUAAACAAUCUGACGCGCUUGAAGCCAUCACGGUGCGCCAACAGCCGUGGCUUGCAAGGUGGCCAUCUGAAAGAAUAACUUCGACCUCGCAGUCGGCCCAAUGUUUUGUGUUUGUGUGCAGUAACCGGCUAGUGGUCUAAGAGUCAGGCUGCAAUGGCUACUCUUCAUGCGGUCCCUAUGGUAAUUCCGUUGAGUGGGAUCUGAGCCGGAUGUGGCGGCAUGCCUAGGUGCGGCUUCGGCCACGUCAGCCUCCAUUCGCUUUGUUGUUGUUGACCAAAAACCUGGUUAUUUGUUGUGUGUACCAGGGGGUGUGGUGUGAAACGCCAAGGUGCGGGCUCGGCCGCGUCAUCCGCCUGCGCCCUUCCUCGUCUCCGGUCUUGUUGCUUCUGUCUUAACACAGGGUCUAGCUGAGGGUAGAUUCAGCGCAUGUCUACUCUCACUACAAAUCACGGUUUAGUCACCGUCCCUGCUCCCACCCUGCUGUAGAGCAUGCGGUGGACAUCGUCGAAACCGACCGUCGAACUAUCGUAUACGUUUAGAUGUGCUUACAAUUGAUGAUAGUAGGUUCUUUGGGAAAAGAAAGGACCUUAUUAGUAAAUUUUCCACGUCGGUUUCCCGUGUCGUCGUCAGACUUGAGUAAAUGUACAAAACAGUCCAAAUUUCAACUGUGCUCCGGCGAUUCCGCCAGUGAACUUCCUCUGCAUAUGUUAUUGUGCAUUUUUGGCAUUCGUCUCUUCCACCCUCCCAUAAGAUUUUUGUUCACGGCGUUUAAUUUUAUAUGCCGCUCAGUGCAUGACUCAUUUGGCGAAUGGUUCCAAGAAAUUCUCAGUCUUUUGGUUGGGCAGAGGCCGAUGAUGCGAGUCUUGUGCCAUGUAAAUGCAAGCCCGGUAUCUAAUGCGCGUAUGGCCAUUUUAGAUAGGUAGUCUCGCCUUUCAAACGUCAAUUGAUGUUCGUGGAUGCGUAUGAAGGCGGACUUUGUAAUUUGGCCACAAUAUACGGCAUCACACCUCUCUCCUGGGAUCUUGUAGACGACUUCUUCCUUCUGCAACUAGCAAACCCUAUCCUUAGGGAGCAUUAGCUGACUGCAUAAGGCAGUCGUUGGUCUGUGUGCCACUUGUAUUUGGUGCUUUCUCAGGUAUCUUCGAACGAGUUUAGACACACUUUUGACGUAAGGGAGACUCAUCCAAGUACUCGACCAAAGACAUAGAGGGAGCUUGAGUGCCUUCGUAACCUGGAGAUCUUGUAAAUUCCAAAAUUCCUUCGGUCAGUACUGAACCUCUCGACCCUUUGGUAGCUAACGAACGCGCCGCUACUAGCAGUAACACGGCGCCGUCUGACGAAAGAUCAGAUCAACUGCUACGUGGAGAUAUGGGCAGCAUUUCUGAGGGAGUUACCAAACAAUCUAUUUAAGUCCGUGGGGUAAUUAUGUAGCUUCGAAAAUUAGGUGCAGGUAAAGAUCAAUCACGUAUCUGCUAUCAAGGGUUCGUAUUCCUUUUUGAACGUUGAGGUUUGGAUUCAGAGACGUGCACCAUCUUGUAGUUCCGAACACAACAACACAUUAUUUAAAUCCACAUUCUUGCCAUGUCCACCGGUGACCUCUAAUAGGCCUAAACGGGUGGUUAGUUCGACGUCAAGUCGUAGUACAGUUUCCGUCACUCGAACAUGGAGGAAGUCCAGUUUCUCUAUAAAGAGUUCACCUUCGCGAUUGCUUGCCACUCCCCCAAACUCCAUCCCCCCCCCAAACACAGCUCAUUUCAAAAUAUUCCGCCCCCAGACACUUGAUCAAAGCUGUUAAAACCAGUAUGUCAAUAUUCCCGUCAAGGAUGGCGUUCCCUCUCCAUUUGAAUUAGUAUGACUCCUACCAUCCAGCACAUCUCUACGGUCGUAUUCCCACAGGGCUAGUAAACCCCCCCGGUCCUCAAUAAAUACGUUUUGUUACCCGCCCGUGGAUUCCAUGCACAACUUUGGCUAGCUGGCGCAAAUGCUCAGUUUUCCUAUCCACAAUUUCCUCCUCUUUACCCUUCUCUCUUUUAGCCACAUCAGCGCAUUUGACGGCAUACACUUUUUUUUACAGAACCUGACGAUAGUUCCCGAUCCCUUUGCUCUGUGGACAGUCCACCAUUCGAUGACUCAACUCCCCUCCCAUUAGACACUGACCGUGUUACCCGCAUAAACUUCUCAUUCAAAAUGCCAGAUCCUUGUUAAAUAAGAUACCAUUUCUUCAGCCUACGAUGUUCGUCUACCGUCCAAACAUUGCUUUUGCAACUGAGACAUGGGCAAAGUCUUCUGUAUCUGACUUCGAACUCCCAGUCUUAAGCUUGUAGGUUUACGUACAUUUUCGAUUUUUCCCUUUAAAAUUUCUUGUACACCUGAACCUUUCUCUACUACUGGUUAAACUUGCUGAUAUACACACACAUUGUUUUGGUUUGGGAAGAAGCGUGUUUUUUUGUGUCAGUCUGCUGCUUGGUGUCCUUUUUCGAUGAUUGCACACAAGUGCCUCAAUCGAUUUUAGUCAGUCGCCAGGAAACAUUUUUAUCGUUCGGUCAUAUACAACCAGACGUGAAUUUACCAGAGAAACAAGCUCCAGUAACUGACUUCACCUAGGGGCCUUCUGGACUUUACCCGGAGCAUUAACUCUACGACAACCGAUUCCGGAGGAGGCUUCGUGAGUCUGUACAAUUUCUUACCUUUCGCCGUUUUCCCUAUACUCUUUUUGCUGCCGUUAUUUUUUUUGUAAGAAACGCAGCAUCCCCCACUUAGAGUAGGUAUUUAUUAUUCUUUGUAGUCUUAAUUGCCGUCUAUACAGCAAGGUACACCUACGUUCGAAAUGACUGCUAAGACAGCCGCGGUGGAGUAACCUGCAUCUAUGAAAAUCAAGCACUUGCAUUGUUGCUGCAGGAUCUCCCAUAUUUUUUCGCAGUAGAAGACAGCUGUUGGCUUCGAGUUGCCUGAGAAAGUAAGUACUUAUUAAUCGUUAGCUGGGUCUAUUACCCACCCACCGCCGGUGAGGAAUUUAAUUUAUUUCAUUUACGAGCAUUUCAUGUCGCGUCCGAUUUAAAUCUUAGGCUUUUAUUGGUUGCAGGUGACUUCAGUCUUCCUGAAGUCUACUGGUUUUUAACCCCGGUCCCAGAAAGUUUGAGACCUUGUUCGAGCCUGUGGACAUCGGUACGUGGCAUCACUUUACUAAUCCAUGAAGGUUGUCUGUCUCUGUCAAUAUCACUUUUGCGCCCACCCUACAGUUCAGAACACGACAUGGUUGCUUCUGCAUUUGAAAUCGAAGAUGAGGAUGUUUUUUUCGGAAAAAAAUAUGGCCUCAGUCCCGCAUUCCAAUCAGCUAUUUCGGCAGAAUUAUUUGUACACAUUAUUUCUUCCAAGUGAACUGAUUUCAUCCUAAAUUGAAUGUGAUUAUUUGCAUUACUAGGCUUCGCAAAGUUUUGGAUCGCAUUAUUCAUCGUGUAAUUCCCCAUAAGAAGAUAAUUAUUGUUACAGAUGGGGUUAUCCUCCCUUUUAUCUUUUUCCCGUAGGAUACGUAGGCCCCCUUGUCGAUUUCCUUUGCACAAUGACGUUUAAGUUCAGCCCUUGACCCACAAAGACGUUGUCCCAGGAAAAACGGCCAGGGGUUGGCCUUACCAAAACUGCUCUUUGAACGUCGCAAGACGUUUCCCGCACACACAAAAACCUCAAAAAACGCAACAGCCCAUCCUAUAAGACGCAUUCGGAAAUCCCAUAGCAGACGCUAAGAUAACCGCUCGUAAGUUCAAUGUUUUUAUCCAAAACGUUUAAUUAAAAUCCGAAUGCUUCGUCUCCGAGCCGGCGCCGCACUUUAAACUAAUACCUUUACUCUCUGUGACUUCGCCCUAGCCGUUCGGCCAUUUCGUAGAUUUCACAGUCCAGGCCCAGUUGAACUGGAAGCUCCUUCAUCGGUCUCUCUCAAAUUGUCGCUGGUCGCCGACCUCGACAAUUUGAGAGAGACCGAUGAAGGAGCUUCCAGUUCAACUAACAAGACUGCCCCAAGCGCUGCCUUUGUGGUGGAGGCUCGUAUGUUGUGCACUAUCGGACGUUUUUUGAAGACAAUGUACACCACAUGCGUCGCCUUCCCUCCACUAACUGCUCGCGUCCAGUGUUGUAGGCUGUAUAUCAAUUUUGUCACGCAAGUUCGGCCUUUACGGAAUCUGUACUGGGGAUCACAUAAUUGAUUAUGGUGCUCGAAGAAGUGCACUAACUCUCGAUUUAUUCCUUUUCAAAUAACUCUGCAGCAGAUCACAAAUAGGCCGAUUGGUUCAAAGUUAUUUUAGGAGACUCUGCACCGACUUUAUGUUGCGGUUUGAUCCCUGUAGAUUUUCUGUCGGGAAAAACAGCAGAUUUCGAACGAGGCUGCGAAAGACAUCAAAAGAGGUUUGGCUAGUUCGAACGGAAGGUCAUUCGGGAAUCUGGACUGUACAUUAUCUGGAGCGCGUGGCCUUGGCUGAGUCUGCGUCAACCGCUCUUCACGAACAACGGCUUCCGUAAACGACAAUACAUCAAUUACUGGGCUUUCCACGAAGUCUAAUUCGGAGAGAUUAAUUUCGCUCCCUCUCCUAAAGAUAAACUUAAAAACUGAGAAAUAUACUGGGCUUUUGAUCCGUCUCCAGUGAUUUCUAGGCCUUCAUCAAAGUUUUGUGAUCUCUGUUUCGCGUUCUCCUUUUACCCGACCGAAAAAUAACUUCGGAUUACCCACAACACGGUCCAGGAGGACUUUUACGAAAUCCCGUCGUGUUCCUGGGAAAAUGUGCUUGACUAGGUUUCUCUGGGCUUUUUAUGCAUCCACGUACAGGGGUUCCUGCGAUCGAGAGCUUUCGCAACAUUACAGUAUCCAACCGUACUGAGGGCGUGGUAGCCAAGGUCGCGUGUAAAAUGGGAAUGGUUACAAUACGAGUUUUACGAAGGGGUUGUAUAAAGAAGAACAUAAAAUGGCCAGUAAUGCCAAAAUAUUGCAAAACAAGCAUAAGUAAGACUUCUUGUCUAAGCUGACUUUGGAGCCCCAAAAAAGAACGCUAAAUAAUAAAUAGGAGACAACGUAGGUAAUUAGGGAUGCGGAAACCACCUAGGCGGGAGAAAAUGGCUAAUGAAGGAAAGGGAAUUUAUCCUAGGCUGAGUGACCAACGAGAAAGCAUAGGUACUCUGAAGGUUAUACCGUAAAAAGGGCAAGACAGUCGGCUUGGUGGAGGGCAGUCCACAACAGCGGAUGAUUGCAAAUUAUGAGAUUUGUCGUGGUUUCACCCCAGAAAGAUAAGUAAUUACAAUUUAGGGACGAAGAGCUUGUUUUUACUCCCGGAAAUAUAGUGGGAGUGGAACGCCCUAUUAUAUAGCGGGAAAAUCAAGCAGGAAUAGGCAAUAGGAUCAGGUAGGAAUUCGGGACGGAAGAGGAAAUUCUCGGUCACCAAAAAUGCAAGACAAAUAAAAUAAAGCAAGACUCCGAAUGAAAACGUCAGUUUUUGUCCUAGAAGAAUCCUACUCUUUUCCAAUCAAGUCAAAUAAAUUAGGAUAAGUUGGGGAUGUUAAUCUGGAAAUACGAUUUUUUCCCCAAACUGUACGCCAUAAAUCAACUAAACUGGGAUUAGUUCGUGAGCAUUCUAUCCGCCCGAAUGAUUUGGGAUGGAAGAUAAAGCCUACUCUAACUCUUUAAAGGGAAAAAACGAUAAGUUAGAUAAAUUGUAAUUAGCCGGAGAAAGAGGUGACUGUGUGCAUAAGUAAAAGCGUUGCAUUCGAGAGUAGCGAGUUUGUGGUGGAUUCUAACCAAUCGCAGAUCAGUGUCCAGGAAGCCGUGGUGGAGGGUGGGGUCGCGGGAUGACAACACAACCAUUUGCGAAAAUUGAAACAGCAGUUAACUUCGCCGAUGUACAGGAGAACUGUCGACGAGAUAGCUUGUUUCCAUAUCGUCCGGAAUGUCGAUUCCGACGGAGUAUGAAACUGCAGGGACUACACCAACACGCAGACGGCCACGUGUUCAUUUGGGCAAACGCGAGCCCACUAGGGGUAGUGUGAACGCAAUCGGUAUUUGGCAGUAGUAGAAAAACAACAAAGAACAUUUUGAAAACUUUCUGGAAUUCCUGAAGAAAAUCUGGCUAUGUCGGUGAGCGACCCAGCCGGCGUAAGCCUCACAACGGUCGUGAAGAGGCACGUCAUAUUUUGAAGUCAGCGUAAAGUACAAUGAAUGUCCGACCUGUUAAUCAGAGGAGACACAGAGGGGGAAUGACGGAUAUCCGCCGAAGACGUUUUCAAAGCUGUUCAUAAGUUGGUCUUUUGUCUUCCCACGAAGUAUUCUAAUAUUGCGCAUAAUAAUCUCUCCUUCUAUUUAUUCCGUAACGACGCAUGCCCGAGGAAAUUGCAAGCCAAACAACGGAGCAGGCGGGGUCGGUCGGUAAGGGGCAGGCGGUCGUGGGUCACACACUUCAAGGGAUAAUUAAGAACCAAGGAUAAUUUAAAGCCCGUUGAUGUCAACCAGGCAUGUAUCUCAAACGGAAAGAGAUGUCGUAACGAUGAUUAGAAGGUGGUAGGCAGAAAAAUAUAACUAUGCGUAGACAGCGAAGCACCGAGUGAGAACUAAAAUACGGUAGUCGAGUACAUGCUGGAGCAUAUCUCUAAACAAGGUUGGACAACGGAAUAACAUAAUGUAAGCAGCUAAAUGCAGAGAAGAACCACCGUCCAAACAAGUAAAGCCGAUCGAAACAUUGCUACCGAAAUCUCUGCAUUAGGGAUGUAGGACAGAAUCAACAGGGGGUACGAUGGUACGUCACACAAAUCUCCUCAAUAGUCUCCGUUAUUUGUUUGUUUUUCUUUUUAAUGCAUACAUCGACCAGUAGGGUUUGUUGCUCAAACACAUCCGUGAACUUAAGCACUAGUUUCGGAGGAAAAUAGUCAAUAAUUCAUUUAACCAUUUCCAAUCUUCUGAUAUGUCGCCAGAAAAAAGUUAAUUGGCAGGUUACGCAGUUUACUUCGGUUUUCAUUUGGUCGAAAUGACCACGCCGAAUGUUUUUUUUUUAUAACAUUGAUGAGUUGACCCGGCAUUAAAAAUAGGGAAUACUCCCAGAGAAAUACCAUAAGAUUGCCUUGACCUAUGGGAGAUAGAAAUUGGACAUGAUUAAUGUUGUCCAGCGGCUGCGUGGGCAUCACGUCUGACAGUUUAGCGUAUGCCCCUCACAUACCUUUUUCUGAAGCAAGACAUGUUGGGUGACGAAAACCUGAGCGUCAUGUCCAGUAAACGGCGAGCAGCCGUUAGUCCUGGGCCAAGUGCAUCUACUAAGCUCCAGACAAACGACUGAUGGAUCAAAUUCACCCAUUAUUAAGACACCAGGCUAGGCUCUCGCCAAAGUGCUUUGACACAUACUAUUCUCGGCGGUUCGGCAAUAGUUUUCUAUUCUCCCUGCUUUUCGUCCUCUCAUCUCCUACAAACAGCGUUUUUUUCUGCUAGUUGCUUCAGUGAUUAGAUUGGAUGCAAUACAGUCGCAUUUUCCUUAAGAGCGCUGCGAACUAUCCCGGAACCCAUAGACACAAAAUGCAGAUUCAGAUCCUGGAUUUUUACUUCAGAUGACCGAGUCUAUUAGUGUUUUUCUGCACACAUUUGAUUGGCGUUAAAGUCUGUCCGCAGCCGUUGUGUUGUUCGCAGAGUUGUUCGUGUCCCGGUGAGAACUUUUUUAUGCAUUCCUACUGUUUAUUAGCACAGUUUUGCGAACUUUCGAUCACAUUGUAUACAUAGAGUCCGAGAAAUGGUCCCUGCCUUACACCUCCUUUCCACAGGAACUUAUUUCCUGCCUUUUCUGGACUUUGUAACGUCCGUAACGUUAUACAAAUGCCUUUAGAGGGGAUUUAUGAAAUAAGCCAAGGCGGAAUGUUCUAGACACAAAUUCCGGGAGUCGGUCAAGAAUUCUAGUGGGCUCCCAAACCAAAACCAAUAAACCUCCGUGGAAUAACUGCGUAAUGUCUGUUCUAUAAAUGAUUCCGUACCGUUCCACGUGGAACGUGUUUUCAAAUCUGACUUAGCUACUGUCGGAUAAGGCUUCUAAUGAUAUUUCAGCUAAAAUUGGCCUUUGAUGUCAUAGAACCAUUUGGCCCUAAUCGAUGUUUUCCCCAAACAACACCGACAUCGUGUUGACUGCGCCUCUGAGCAUAUCAGCAAGCUGUGUAUCAUGCAAAGGGAAUAGGCGUUUUACAGGUUAAAUUACUCAAUUUUUAGAUGCUUAAACUGUGAGCGCACGUGUCUGAGAUACUCCUUUUUAUCAUUGGUAUCAGCACCGCUCGUUCCCUCUGAUGAGCCUCAUCUCUGUUUUUUAUACUGGAGUUUCGAACAUUCGACAGCCUGGUGUGAAGAUGCAGUAACAGCAAAAGAAGUGAUUACUUGGGCUUUACCACAACCAUGUUUAUUUUACGUGUUUACCCCCUAAGUAAUGGCUGGAAUGUCCUAUGGACGAGGAUUACUGCACCCUGCGUUUUGGUAUCGGAUAUCAGGUCCCCAAAGUCAUAGAAUUGGUAUUUAAUACACGGACUUAGUACCGGUUGACUGGUCAGUUUCGCGCUAAAGGUAGGGCAAACGUCUUUCUUCUGUCCUUCGUGUUGUGUUUCAAAUCUGGGUCUUCUUUGGUAGCAGUGUCUAACGCCCAUUUUUACAGUCAACUUAGCAGCGUUGUGUUGUCGAAUUUCGGCGCAAACUUCUUUUAACCACUUCGUGUUGUCACCAUCACUGCGUCUGCAAAAGUAGAAUCGAUCAUUCAGGAGAAACCUUGCGGACUUUGCCAUUUUCAUAAAUUACUUUGCUGUUCUUCCUUAGACAGCUUCAUGAAGAUUCCGCAGAAAACGUUUUUGACUAAGUUGAAGCCAGGGUCCUUAAUUAGCGCUUUUAGAAGAACAGUCACCCGUGCUUGCCAAUCAUCAGAUUUACAUCUUGCUGAUAACUUGCCCCUGAUUUAUCAGCGUUCUUCCCCUGAAGGCGCAUCUUAUUAGUUGCAGUAGCAGUAGCGAGAUGUAGCAUUCGUCUCAACAACUCUCCCCACUGUUGUAGACAAUUGGGUGGUAAUGAGACGACUCUUAACCACCUUUUCUUCCAUUAUUUUGCGUAGACGGGAAGUGGCCUAAUCGACGCGCAACACCUUGCCUUGAGAUGGGCGCCAUCUUUGGUCGUCACCGUCGGUCUCGUGUUACUGAAGAGGACAAGGCCUUGCUGCAGUUGAAACAGCAGCGUGACCAACUUAAACAAUACAAGCAACGAGUGAACGCUGCUAUAACCAGGGACGACGCCGCCAUUAGACAGUUGUUAAGGCAGCAGGAAAGAAAGUAAGCAAGCUAUUUUCUCUUCACACUUGCCCUCCUUUGGAUCGACACUUCGCUUUAUUUACUCAAUCAUUCUCAUAAAUCUUCCCUGCGAUACCUAACUGUUAUCACUCCGCCUCUCAUAGUCAUCCCGCUAACCUUCCCACCUUACCCGUACCCUACUUCUAGUUCCACAUAUCGCCUUUACUUCUGCAAUACGUCCCAUUACACCAGUUUUUUCAACUUUCAACGCACACUUUGCAUGCCUCAUGAUGCGACAGAACAGGUAUCAUAUAUGCCCCUCGAUCAAGUCGUCGGGCAUUAUGUUGCAAUACCUACUGUCUGAAGGCUCCCCUUUGCCCCACUGUGCCAGAAAUUCACCACUGUGCAGUUUUUUGUCCUUCUCCUAGGAAGGCUCUGCUUCUGUUGAAGAAGAAGAAAUAUCAGGAGAAACUCCUAGUCAAGGCAGAUGAGCACCUCACAACGGUGGAGGGACUGAUUCAAGAUGUAGAAUUUGCACAGGUUCAGGUCAAAGUGCUGGAUAGUCUGAAGAAAGGCAAUGAGGCCUUGAAACAACUCAACGCCCUCAUGAAAUUGGAGGAUGUGGAGAAGAUUAUGAGUGACGCCCAGGAAGCGCAGGCCUAUCAGGAGGCAAGUUACCACUUUUGACUCGAUUGCUUACUCCCCUCUCCUGCCAGUCUUGUUUAACUCGACAAGGCGGGGAGUCAGACGUAGCACUGACACGGGUCGAGAUCCGCUGUUGAUGGGCAGUGCUUUUCUGUCAACCCCCUUCCUGUGAGACUUCCUUCUUAUCUAAAAGGUUCAGGUACGGGUACUUGCACGGGUUUGUAUUAAGGCGUGUGUAGUUAACCCCCGAGUUGGGGACAUCAUAAUGCGGCUGCUCCUAAAAAUCCUCCACUCGGAGUUUCAUUCCGGAACAUCGAGGACCGCCGGGUCCAGCACCAUCUCCGGACCUGACUUAACCACAUUAUCAACGAUUGUUUGCCUGGGGCUUUGAAAGUGUACUUGACCAGGGAGAGCGUGCGAGGUUAAUCCUUGUCUCACUUCGAAGAAUUACAUGAGAAAGCAUAGAAAGUCUGCUGUUACGGUGACAUUUGUUCGCAUUUUCGAAACAUUUUGGAGGUGCGUGCAUUGUCCCCUAGAGAGCAGUGUCCGGGUGAGAACACUGUGUUCUGUCAUUUUGGCUGUUAAGAAGAGUGUGCUGCCUGGUCCCCGCAGGCCGGCGCAGUGGCCCAAGUUUUUAUUUCGCCUUCUCCAACCAGACUAAAUGGACGCGCAUAGUCAUCUGUGACAAUUAAUAAAGACAGGAAUUAUUGGUACCAUUAUCACUUAGCCGACAUUACCCAAAACCAUAACCUCGUUGUUUAUGCAUCGAUUUUCUGCACGAGCCGUGACAGAAUUUUUUGGUACCAAUAGAUCCUGCCCUGCAUGCUUGCUUCGGCUUCGUACCGGGAACAAACUGCUUCAAGUUAGUAAAGACUGUAUCGUUUGUCCGCCAAAAUGGGUCCCCAUGAUGUGUCAGCCAAACUGUUCUUGUAGGACGAUCUGAAACUGUGUGAAUGACCGGAAGUAUUGUUAUAGUAGCAUAGGACACAUUUAGAAAGGGUCAACACAGUUAUACGCGACUAUUUUGAGAUCGAAUGAUGGGGUCUUCAGAGUAAAGUGUUAUGCUAUUGUGAUGUUAUGUUAUUAUUAUUACCAUUAUUAUUAUUGUGUCACGUUCAGAACCCUUCUACCGUGUGUGCAUUCGGUUUAUGAUUAAGCAUGUUUUAUGACCACCGUCUUGAAACACCUCGAAUAGCUGAGGUGGUGUGCAUUCCGAGAACCUCCUUUAACACCGAAAUAUGCUCCGCCUUUCAACAGAAACGUUCAAGGUAGCGUACUUUUCCGCAAAAUGUCUAAACGGAUUUUUGUUAUCUCCAGGGAAAAUCAGAAUCAAAAAGUUACUUCAGUAUAUUACUAACUAGUAAUUAUGUUCUGAGUGAUUCCGUAUUUCGGUGGGAGAUUCCUUACCGAAGUACCUGAAUGUCACUCGGUAUAUGUAAAUGUAAGGCCACAUCUUACUUGCGCAAUUCAGGUAAACCUUUUAAGACGCUCUUACCCAUUUAAAGGCGGUUAUAAGUAGCUCUGAUCUGUGUUUUGCCAAUUUUGUGACCAUUUGGAAUAAUUAACCAGGUCUCCAUGAGAUCUCGCCUGCUCUGUUCAUUGCAUAAUCUACAUUCUCCCGCUAUUACAGGAGUUGACCAACCUGUUGGCGGGCGUUCUCUCAUCAUCCGAUGACGCCGAGGUGGAGUCCGAACUGGAGCAGCUCCUGGCCGUCGAUGCGGACAAGCUUCCAGAAGUGCCUCGAACGGAGGUACCCAAGCCAGAACCCACAGAACACCGGGCCAAACGGGCGGAAAAAACAAGUCACGGUAGGUUCUUGUCUAGGAGUAGGCUAGUGUCCUUUUUAACUGCCUGAAUUAGCUGUCAAGCGGUGUCGCUCUCUUGGAAGAAGUUGGGGUUUGGGGUGCGGACUCAACCAUGCCUUUUGAAAUUGUUCUCUUACACACCAACAGACGCAGAUCGGCAGCAUAAAAUUACUGCAAUAUUAAAUUGUAUCUGAUCAAGUCAUGAGCUCUGUGGGUCGUGAAGGAAGUUAGAAACAUCCUGGAUUCUGGUUCCGCCCUGCACAGUAACCCAGAAACAAAAUGGACGCCGAGAACUGAUAAUGACGAAUACAAGAGAGUCUAAAAUGACCAUUUCUGGCGUAUUUUCCGUCAUCGGCCGGCGAUGCUCCAGCACCCUGGGGACUUGGGAUUUAAACCCGGGUCUCUGUGUGACAGCCCUCGACGACUCCCGUCGAGGACAAGACGAGGAAGUCCAUAUUUCGUCCUACAAUCAGGAGGCAUCAGCGAGCGCCGUUUACGUGUAACAUGGGAAUCACUGUCAUAACACAUGCUUUCUAAGCUGCAUGUGCUGGGCAGUCGGUUUGACCGCAGUCUGUAGCAUCUGGCAGUUCUCUUAACAUUACUUCUCAGUUUUCAGCUUAACCGUGGAGUUCAUAUUGUCGGCUUCUUCGAUUGGGAAUCUAGGUUGCCAAAUGUGGUCGGAUGAAGCUGACAAAAGAGGUCUCAUGGACAACAUCGCUUUUCAUUUGAGCACCAUAUUCGAAUCCUUACAACCGGCCGAUGGUUAGGUCAGCCCUCCGUGGUCAGUUACGCACGUAUUCGAAGCUGAACGCCAUGACAGUGAGCUGUCCAUCUAACCGAGUGCGUUUGAGGUCAUUUUUACAUUGCGUGUUCUGGGAAGACGAUGAGAAUUCAUCGGUAGCCUAGCUUUACACUACCUGACGCGUUCACAACUGGCAGAUAGUGGAGUGGUCUUUAGUGAAACCUAGCUGCUAAGUAAAUGUACACCAUCUGUUCUGACGAAUAAGCGGUCGCAGUUCAUGCAACGGUGCACCAGCCGAGCGAAUACGUCACCUAUAAAAGUCGGUCGCAAAUCGACGCGCUAAUACAUGACAAGUAUUGCCCGCCAUUGAGGUUAUACUGGUUGUUGUUUGGUAAAAUGUUUUGUCCCUAUAUUAGCGUGUUGGUGUGUCCGAAUCUAAGGCUACUAGAUCAUGCCACACUACCCGGCCGAAAGACCCACGGCCAGAAACAUCUGGAGUCGUUUACCAGGUCCAGUUCACUUGUACACAAAACAACUAUGUUGGAGAAACCGGAAAACUACUCGAGACGCGGAUAACUGAACACGCAGCAGCAGUAAAGAGGAAUGACGCCAGCUCAUAAGUCGCGGCUCAACCAACCACACGUCCAAAUUGGACAAAGCUGAAAUUCUUACUAGAGGCAAUAAGCGUGUGAACCGCUAACUGUUCCAGUCAUGGUUUUUUGGUCCUCAAUCAACAAAUGCAACGAGCUCCCCACAACUUUGUGUAGGUAAAGCAGUUAACCACGCGGAGUGUGUGGGUGACCACUUUUCCUGGUGCCAGUGUUGGCGAACCAAAUUGCACGGUUAACGAAAUCCGGCAGUCAGCAACUCGUCUGCGUGCGAUGAGUAAGGGAGCCAAUAAUCUUGACCGGAACGUAGGCUUAUAGCAACUGCAUACUUCAACACCUGGCCAGUCGAACCAUGAUGCACUCGGGAACUGCCAACUGUAAUUGACAUGUAGUGGCGUAACACCUGCAUCCCAUAAAUACUGCAACACCUGGGCGGCCAACUGCCCUUAUCUGGCUCUGUAUCUGAUUAUGGUUUCGAGUGCGAAUCCGAAACGUCAGGCUAAUAAAGCGCCUGUUCCAGAGAUCGUGUCUCCUCCUUCUUGACUACCUCCUGGGACCCGCCUCUUCGCUUCUAUUAACACAUUGCCAGCUCCUUUUGUAUGUUUUCAAAAGACCGUAAUCAUGUGCCAUCUUUCGCCAGCUCCCGUAGGUUGACUAGCCUGUGUCCGAGACCUCCUUUUACGACCCGCAGUUUGCGAUGGUAAGCUACUGCCGACAGUUGAACAUUGACGAAGUCCACCAUGUACCCCGCAGAGUGGAUACAGCACUGGUGAUUUGACUUGUGUCUAACACCAACCGCCCUCUCUCCGCUCUCAGUCAUCUGACUCCAAUGACAAGGCGGUAUUAAGACGACCGGGGGCGGGCUCGCGCGCACUGACUGACGUGACCAAACAGCCCGUCUGUGCGUGCCACACACACGACCUGGUCAACGCAGCAUUAUCAGGCCUCGCUGAGGGCGGUCCGUAACACAAAUAUGCAGGAGUGUCAUUGAAUCAACAUUAAGACGGGGCCAUUUCAGCCCGACUUUCAGCUCUGUGAAGGACCCAGUUAUCAUUGGCACGUCGGGAUUAAUUCAGGCACGUCAGACUUGUUAUGGUAAGGAAUGUGCUGGUGGAUUUCCGACUGUCGACCCUGCCUUCGCUUCGCCCUCCCAUGCACCAGUCGACUGUCCAAGCCUGUUAAUCAAGGGGUGGUGGAAUUGGACGCAGUGACUCGACGUUGGGGCGUAGAACCACACUCCCUAGAAGAACGGCGGUAGAUACAGUGAGGGACCGAUCUCAUGAAAUGUUGGCUGAAAUUCUAAAAUGCGUUUUCGAUUAGGAAGGAUUACUUGGUCGCGGUUGUAAUACUGAUUAUCUUGCGGCAUACUCUUAUAACAUUUCGGACUCGGCAGGAUGUCGGCUUUUAAAUGCACUUCUUUUCAAUCUCCUGUGGAAAGCGUGCUCGGUAAAAAAAAGAACGACUACUUUAGUAGCACGCAUUUUUCCCAUUGAUUUUCGAUUGUCUUGCAAAUUCAGUUAUAUCUUUUAGAAAGCAUAAACAACAAUAUGAUUUCUUCCGGUCGUUUGAUAGAGCAUUACGACUUCUUCCUAUUUUGUACUUCAGGAGGGAGUAUAAUUAGGUUUUAAAAAGUUUUCUAAUUGCGGAAUAAUUUGGAGUCUGACCAUUCGUUGCAUUAGCGCUUAGUGAUUUCACUCUACAAGGUGCAUGCGUUCCGCGUAAAGAAAAUCACAUAUUUUUCUAUGCCACUAAAAGAUAUCAUACAGAGUCCAUAAACUUUUGCAAUGGAUACGGACCAUGCAGUACAUUUCAUGAGGAGCAGUGGUAAACGGCCAGCUACGUUGAUAUGUGAAUGGACAUAUCGCGGUCUUAAAAAAAGUCAUAAUUAGAAACUUUCUUAAAACCUAAUUAUACCCCUUUCUUAAGUAUAAAAUAUAAAGAAGACGUGAUUCUCUAUUGAUUGACUAAAAAGCGUAUUUUUGUUUAUGGUUUCUAUAAAAUAUAUAUGUAUUUCCAAGACCAUCGCAAAUCAAUGGGAAAAAUGCAUGCUGCGUAAGUAGUCAUUUAUUACCGAGUACGGCUUCUACGCGAGAUAAAAAAGCAGUGUAUUCAAAAGAUGACAUCAUGCAGCGUCCGAUCUGUUAUAAGAUUACGCCGCAAGGUAAUCAGUAUUACAACCGCGACCACGUAAUCCUUCCUUAUCGAAAAGUCCUUUAAGAAUUUGAUCCAACAUUUCAUGAGAUUGGUCACUUAUUGUACAAAUGUUAGUAAAAAGGUCAAACCGGCUUCCCGUCCUAAAAUACGCCCGUCAUUCUGAGCACAUCUAAGCAUUUUGAUUUCAGUACAUCAGCUUUUUCUAAUGUAUGUGCUUUUACAGGAGUAUACUAAAAGUUCCAGCUUCAACAGAUAGGAUUUGAGAAUGGAAAAAAUGAGUGAUAUAUCUGUGUGCACGGUCUCUGAAGUAAUAUGUAUGUGAAAAAUUAGAAUUCGCUCUGGGAUCGCCUGAUCGUUUACCUAGUGUACAUAAAGGAAUCGUUUUUCCUUUCCAUCCGCGGUCCAAAUCCACGUGGACAACAACCGCUGGCUAUGGCGGAGGCGAGUGCAAAUCGGCCCUGUUUGCACAGAAGAACAUCGCGGUUACCAUGGUCCAAAGCCAACAAGCCAGUCGUCGACAGUGACAGUGACCGUCAUUCUAUUCCCCUACGCCGGCCUAUGUAUUUUGGUUAUUUUAAAUUUUAAUGCAAGCGAUUACGCCUGAAGAGAAUUGGUCAAAAGCAGGCUUAUGAGGGCCAAAUUGUCUUUGGUGUUUUUCAUCGGGCAUUUUCGCAAAUUCAAGCAUAACUUCCGUGACCGGCGCUGAGAAAAAUAAGCAUGCCUUACAGCCAACUGAAGCCCGCGCUCUCUCCUCCCUCAAAGAAUCCAAUUUCCCACAAUCGUUUUUUGACGGACGCGCAGAAGAAGUCAUGGACACACUCAAAGAAAACGCCUUCUACAGACUUCACAAAUAUCUUCACCUUCGAGGAACAACCUAGACAACCGGCUAUGGUCUACAAUGUAGUAUAUAAAUAUAUCAAUAAAUAUAUCAAUAAAGCAGUUUAUAUGCAUCUGAAUUGCCAAAGUAACUAGUCAUAUAUGCCACCCAAAUUUCAAACUUUGGUUUUCUCGAAGCAUCGUUUUUAGAUCCGGUCUGCCAGUUACUAUUUGACCUCGGAUUCUCCACUCCAGUAACGAUGCAGACUGCGCAGCCUAGUUUACGCGUGCCGUGAGCCAGCCUGAUUUAGCGUUGUGUUUGUUGAUUCUUCUUUUCCCGCCGACUUGUCCCUGAUUAUUCGAAGUCUGUUCCCACCACCGUUGAGGAUGGGACAUGCUUGCUUGCCCUGUUUAUAACCCGAGGCCGAUGACAAAGCACUGUUUUCGCUGUGUUUUUCUGAUGUGUUUCGAACCUCACUUGAGAUGCAGACGUUGGUACUUCGCAAGUGCGCACAUCUUCCCUGGCGGGUUUCUGUGGUUGGGAUUUUGUGUUCGCGGCCCAUCUUCCGAGAGUAGCGUUUGUGCAUAGCGUCGGUCCUUAAUGAAGCAUCGUUUUUGUCCUUUCGCUUUUAGCUCAUGGAGAUCGUCACUCUUCCUCGCCCUCUUCAUCCCAUCACCGAAUGGCUGUUGAAGCUACCUAA